GUCCUCGUCACGACAAGUGGCCAUAGCUUUCUCAUAUAGGCACAAGUAGCAAAUUGUAAAGCAGUUGUCCACUUGCCAGCGACCCGUUCGCCGGUGCGCUGAUACGCUUAAGUGUUACUAUCACUUGGAAUCCAUAGCCUGCACCUCCGUCCUUAGGCCACGUGCGGGAGCAGAGCCGCCUGGUUGUUCUCUAGCAUGUCCAUGCAGCCCUGAGGACAGGGUUUCAACCAAGGACUGCCUUGCUGCUGAUAUUCUGGCACGACACACUGUGCUGACUCGCCCGCGCGACCAACCGCGCCCGCGUCUCACCAUCUCAACCAGAGAUGCAGCAAGGCAUGCAGCCGAGCAUGGCUCCAGGAAUGCCACCUGGCAUGCAACCCAGUAUGGCACCUGGGAUGCCGCCCGGCAUGCCGCAAAGCAUGGCGCCAGGAGUACCCCCUAGCAUGCAACCCGGCGUCCCACCAGGCAUGCAGUCCGCCAUGCAGCCUGGCAUCCCGCCCUCCUUCUCCAUGCAGCCCGGACCCCCACAAGGCCCAAACCUCAUGCAGCCAGGUCCCCCAACGUCACUUCCAAGCAUGGCGCCAGGGCCGGCCAUGGGCAUGGCGCCGGGUCCCAUGCCUGGAAGCCACCCCAUGCAGCCCGGGCCGCUGUCCCGCGGUCCUUCUGGGCCCUCCCAGCAGCAGCAGCAACCCCCUCAGCAGCAGCAACCCUCCAUGGCGCCGUCCAUGGCGCCCCACCCGCCGCCCCACCAGACUGCAAUGCAUGCCAUGAUGCGGCCGCAACCGGUGCCGGGAGCUGUGGGGCAGCAAGGACAGGGGAUGCCUGGGCAGCCGGGAGGGCAGCAGGGGCAGGGGGGCGCGCAACGGCCGCAGUACGGGCUGCCGCCCAUGCCGCAAGGCUCCUCUAUGGCUCCCUCCAUGGCUCCCGGACCCCAGCAGCCCCCUGCCUUCCAGCAGCUACACCCCCAGCAGCAGCAGCAACAGCAACAGCCCCCUUACGGCCAACAACGCCAGCCCAUCAAGCAAGAACCCGACAUGCAACCGCAACUGCAACCGCCACAACAACAGCAACCGCCACAGCAGCAGCAACCGCCGGCGUUACCACAACAACUGCUUUCUCAGCAGCAGUCCCUGCAACAACAGCAGCAGGCGGCCGCAGCUCGGGCUCCCACUCCCCCACCUGCCAUGGCUGGUCUGCAACAGGGCAUGCAGCCCGGGGUAGCGCAGGCGGCCCUAAACAUCCUAGCGCUGCUCCGGAUGAACCAGGCAUCUCCCGAGCUGCAGCAGCGUUACCAGCAGCUACUCCCUCUAGCGCAGCAGCAGCAACAACAGCUGCAGCAGCAGCAGCUCCAGCAGCAGCAACAACAGCAAGGUGCCAACGCUGCGGCAGCGGCUGCCGCCGCCGCGGCGGCAGCAGAGAGACGCAAGCUCGCCGCCAAGGGGGUCAAGAAACCCGGCGGCAAGGGAACCGAUGACGACGGUCCUUCGACAUCUGUGUCGUACGGGGCGUACGGAUCUGCAGCACCCGCGCAGCAGGCGACGACGGCGGGGGUCCCUGGAGGCGGUGUAGGCGUGAAUCAGGCCGUGGCGGCAGCCAUGGCGGCAGCAGCCGCCAGCCUGCCUCGCCCCGCGGGGGCACUGCUUCCUGGCGCCAGGCCGGCUGGUAUGCCCGGCAUAGGAGCCUCAGCACUCAGCCCGGCUGCCAUCGCAGCUGCGGCCGCCGUGGCGCAACGACACCAGCAGCCGCAGCCGCUGACGCAACUGCAACAGCAGCAGCAACAGCAGCUUCAACUGCUGGCUAACAAAGCAGCCGCAGCUGCUGCUAAUAAGCCUCGAGUACCGUACAAAUCGGAUCUUACCUACGGCCCUGACGGCAGCGUUAUCGUCAGUGACGAUGGUCCCGACGCGGCGGCGGACGGCGCCGCAGGCGCCGCCGGCGGCGCGGCCGGAGGCCGCGCCGGCACCAAGCGCGCCCGCGGCGACGACGACGGAGAGGACCCGCUAGACCUAUUGAAGGGCAUUGUGGAUAUCGAGGCGGAGAGCAACAUGGGCACGGGCGGGUCGGGUCGUGCGGUGGGUGAUUUCACGCCCAUGUCGGUGCAGGAGGAGUACGUGUUGAAUGAGGAUCCGACGCUGGUGCGGGUGCGCGAUGUGGCGCGGCGGCACGGCAUGCGGAGACUGGCGCCUGACGUUUUCCCCUACCUGGCACUUGCCGUGGAGGCCCACAUGACCUCCAUGCUUCGUUCCGUGGGCCGGCUGGCAGCCCAGCGCGGCGACCCGGGCCGCUCCGCCGCAGGUCCGCCCCACUCGCUGGCUCGCUCCGGUGUCAACGCGCAGCACCACAUCCAGCGGCUGCGUAAGGCGGACGAGGUGACGCUGGCAGCCAAGAAGGAGCAGGAGGAGGAGGCGCUGCGGGCGGGGCUGCUGCCGCGCGCGGAAGGGGGACCCUCCCGCGCGGCGGUGGCGGCGAUGAGUGAGGCGGACAAGGCGGCGGCGGCGCAGCUCAAGGCCAAGGAGGUGCACAAGGCGGCGCAGGCGAAGGCGCAAGCCACCCUCAGCUCCAUCUUCUCCGGCAUCAAGCGCAAGAAGACCUACGUCACGCCGCCUAAUGCGGGAGCAGCCGCGGCCGCAAAGCAGGG